AUUUCAUCUAUCAAAACAAACCGAUGAAAGGAAAUGAAUUAAUUUUCAACUUUUUUCCUUUGUUUAAACUUAAACCCUAGAUAUUAGCCCCACCCUUGGCUUAGAAACCAAGAAUCAAAGGCUUAAAUAUAGCGUACAAAAUAGAAAUUUAACAACCACACCACAUGGACUUAUAACACUGCAAAACCCCAAAUAGUUUUUCACACACUACUCGUGAGAGGGCUGCGUUUUGUAGCCGUUGCUGGAGAAUGACGAAAGCAAUGGAAACUGAAACUCAAGAGGCGGUGACGCCGGGACAAGUAUUGGGUAAAGCGUCACAGUUGAAAGCCGGUAAAGGAGCUUACGUUUCAACCGAACACGACACCGUUUACGCCUCUCUCACCGGUUUCCGUUCUCUCACACCUCCGCCUUCUGACUCUCUUGACCAGAGACCAACAGUGGAAGUUACUGGUCAUAAAGCCCAUGGAGCUGUUCCUCAGCCCGGUUCAGUUGUUUUUGCUAGAGUCACUAAGGUGAUGCCUAGAAUGGCUUCAGCAGACAUAGUUUGUGUUGAUUCCAAGUCUGUACGUGAGAAAUUCACCGGCAUUAUUAGGCAACAGGAUGUGAGAGCGACUGAGAUUGACAAAGUCGACAUGCAUUUGUCCUUCCGUCCGGGUGAUAUUGUUCGUGCAUUGGUGCUAUCACUUGGAGAUGCACGGGCAUAUUAUCUGUCAACUGCAAAAAAUGAGCUGGGUGUUGUAUCUGCUGAAAGUGCAGCUGGUGGUACCAUGGUUCCAAUUAGCUGGACAGAAAUGCAAUGCCCUCUAACAGGUCAAGUAGAACAGAGAAAGGUGGCCAAGGUUGAAGCUUGAGUUGGCUCAAUUCAGAUUGUGUUGCUCUUAACUGCAGCCUUCUGCCUUUACCUUUUUGAGGGAAAGAGAGCAAUUUGUUUCGUUUAAAUUAGAAAACUGAUUUCCCCAAGGAAUGCAGAAUAUACAACCCCCCCCCCCCCCCCCAAAAAAAAAAAGGACUAAAAACAGAGGGGGGUGGGUGCAGGGGGCAACUGUACCAUUUUGCUUUUGUAUCAUAGGUAAAGUUUGAUAUUAAGUUGAUUUACAUCCUUUCUAGUUUAGCACCAAAUUUUGAUAGUUUAGCUCAAGGAACCAAGAAAAGUUGUCAUUUUGUAUUGAGCACUUUCAGUAGACCAUUUUGUAUGUGGUACAUUUUUGAGAGGUUAUUAAUUGUGAUUGUGAUAA